CACAAUGAUCGGCACUCUUUGUAUAUUUUCGCUUCUGAGCUCCACAGCGGCCUGGGGGCCUGUUGGGCGAUGGAGGGAAGGGCGAGUGAGAAAUGUGACAGGAGGUGGAAGCGGGGACAGAUGUACCUGUGAUGCCUUCCUGCCCAGUUCAAUCUUCCCCAUCAGAGACCUGGUGGUGGUAGAGCAGACAGCUGUGGAGAUCUCCCACAAAGUGGAACUGGAGAUGGGCAAGCUGGAAGACUAUGAGACCAAGUUGACUGCAUAUGCAGUAAGAAUAAUCCAGCUGACAGUGAAGGUUGAGAAGAUGGAGAAGAACCCAGACGGCUACAAUGACGCAGCCAUGGAGGAGGUGAAGGUGGAGAUCAAACAAGUGGAGGCUUUAGUUAAAGAGCUGCAGCUUUCCAUCGCGAGCUCCACCCUCAUCUUCAAGUCUCUGCACGUGCAGAUCACAGCCAUGGUGGAGACCCUGGACAGGAUGGAGAAGACCUACGACAAGAACGCGGUUCUGGUGACCCGCCGGGAAUACAUCAAGGUGCAGCUGGAACUGGAGGAGUGCGAGAGACGCCACCAGGAGCUCUUCAACCCCAACAUUGGUUCCUGUGCCCACAGCGGCAUCAUCAGGGUCAGCAAGCCCAUUGUGAGCCAGCUGAACGCCCAUCUAAGCUCUGGCUACAAAUUCGGAGGCUGGGGGAAGGAUUCCAAGCCUGUUCCCGACAGAGAGUCUAUGUACUGGUACUCUGGCUACACUAGUGGCUCCAUUGUUGACAUCAGGUUUUACACCAACUACAAGAAUCUAAUUUUAAGAAACAACUUCCAGCAUCACAAUUUACAGAGCGGCUGGACGGGCACAGGGAACAAUUACAUCAUCCGUGACAACACCUUGUAUUAUCAGAUUAACAGUCCAUUCGGGGUGGCCAAACUGAAUUUCACCACCAUGAAAUAUGAGUCAAGGGUGAUUGCUAAAGCCAGCACCAGAUUCUCCUACACCGACAUGCCCAACCAAAACUUUGACUUUGCUGCCGACGAGACCGGCCUGUGGGUGACCUACGCCACGGAGGAGUCCAGCGGGCGCAUGGUCAUCGCUAAGAUAAACGAGCCCUCUUUUGGGGUUGAGGAGGAAUGGCAGACUAGCGUCUACAAACCAGGGGUGAGCAACGCCUUUAUGGUGUGUGGGGUUCUGUAUGCGGUCAGGACUGUAGAUAUCAAGACAGAAGAAAUCUUUUAUAAGUACGACACCCGCACCAAACAGGAGAGUCACAUUAGUGUCCUGUUUGAGAAGUUCCAGGAUAAGUUCUCUAACUUGGACUUCAACCCUGCAGACCAGAGGCUCUACAUGUACAACGACGGCUACUACGUCAGCUAUCACCUGUGGUUUAACCACACAACUACAGCCACUGCUCAGCCUCAAUUGGUCCUCACCUCCUGAGCAAUAUCAGUGAUUUACUGAACCUAUGAAUGAAUUAAUGAUUCUAUCUCUGUGUUUCUCUUUCUCUUGUUUUUCUCCUUUAUCCUUCUUCUUAAAUGAUAAUAAGUGAAUAAAUCAUCUGAA